AUGUUGGCUUACUUGUGGCUCCUGCUGCCCAUGCUGGCCCAAGCCGCUCAUCGUGUUCCACGCAGUCAUGGAUCUCACUGGAAUCUGACGCCUCGUGAGCUUGCUUCUUCGACUGCUCUGUCUACAGACUUGCCCACACCUUCGGCCUCAGAUUCUCCAUGCAAGAGAGUCUACUUGGCCGUCCAAGCCUCAAACGCCCCAAACGACACAAGUGACGACGAGCCUGGACCCCGAGUCCCUGCUGAGCUCGCCUACGAGUGUCUCAACUCGAUACCCUUCAACCAGAGUGCUGCUGUUGAGUUGCUGGAUUCAAUGAAGCCCUACCUGGAAUGGCAAUCCACCACUUCUUAUGUCAAGGAUCCUCCAGAGAAAUAUGCAGAAAACGUCCAGCCGCCCUACGAUUUUUGGUCUGCUUUCAACGCCGUUGAAACCAACGUUGCCCACGGAAUUUACGAACGGGAGUACGACUUCGGAUGGGAUCUCUACCAAACCACGCAGCAGGCUCUUGACGGUCACUUUGUGUACAUAUCUGAUGUCGUCGGGAAACUCUUCCGGUUUGGACGAACAACUCCACUUGUCUCAGUGUCCGAGGAUGGCAAAGAUCUACCCUUGGUAUACGCAUACACUGAUAUUCUGGUUUCGUAUGCUGGCAAUUCGUCCUUCAAGCCUUCUCAUAUCGUCCAGAUAGAUGGAAAAGACACGACUGAUUUCCUGCUGGACUGGUCACAGUAUGGCGCUCAUCAAGACAAGGAUGCCUUGUGGAAUGACAUCUUCUACUCACUCGCACAAGUUUCGCUCGGAGGGCUUGGUACCGGGACUGGAAGUUUUACAGGCGGUAGUCGUGGUCGCUACGUUUAUCCAGGGCCGUCGACUACUUUGACCUUUGCCAAUGGAUCCAAGGUCGUCAACCAGAAUUUUGCCAAGGUUCUAGUAGAUUUGAGCCGUGUCGAGUCUGGGUCAGACGUGUACCAAGAAUUCCUCAGUCCUCGUCCCGAAGACUUUCAGCAGAUCUUGGAGGUACUGGAAGCUCAAGACGGCGAGAAGAUCAGAAACGACAUGAGUACUCCAUACCACAGACAUCACACUCAAACGACCCCUGCUAUCGGAUAUCCAACCCCUGUUAUUCGACAGAGGUCGAACAUGAAUGGAGGUUACUUUCUUGAUGGACAAGAGUUUGCAGAUGUGGCCGUCUUGACGGUGGCAGACUUUGUAAGCGCCGAUGACAGGGCAGGACGCGAUUUUCAGAAAAUCAACUCGGACUUCAUCGCUGCCGCCCUUGCUGCGAACAAGACCAAAUUGAUCAUCGACUGCAGCGCGAAUGGCGGCGGUUUUAUUGUCCAAGGCUACGACCUCUUCAAGCAACUGUUUCCUUCCAUACAUCCAUACGGUGCCUCCCGUUUUCGCGCUCACGAAGUCAUCAACGAGCUUGGUGAGCUAUUUUCUACUCCCAUCACCCGCGGCGGUCUCGAAACUAGCAAGGUGUUCCCUUGGAACUAUCACACAGGGCUCGACUCGGACGACAAGAAACCCUCGAGCUGGAAACAGAGAUACGGCCCCCAUCCCCAAGGUCCGGGUAACGAUACUUUCACAUCGCUCAUUCGCUGGGAUCUCCAAGAUCCAGAGAUACGCCAGUUCUCCGGCGGUAUAUCGAUCACAGGCUACGGCGCGCUGUCAAACAUAACCCAUCAGCCUUUCCAACCACAAAACAUUGUCUUGGUCACCGAUGGCUUCUGCGCCUCCACUUGCGAACUUUUCCCCGAGUUCCUCCGUGAAGAAGCAGGUGUGAAGACUAUUGCCCUCGGUGGUCGCCCUUCCCUUGAUCCCAUGCAAACUGUCGGCGGCACGAAAGCCCGAGGCGCUUUGCAAUUUUCCCAGCAGAUCCCGCAGCAAGAUUCCAAUUACACUGCAUUAAACGAUUACUCCUACCUACCCUUAGCUAGGGGGACAGCAGCCGCAGUCAACGCCCGUGACGGUAUCAGACGUAACGAUGACACACAAACACCUUACCAGUUUCUCUACGAGCCUGCCGAGUGCAAGAUCUUCUAUACCAAGCAAAUGGUCAUGGACCAGAGUGCAGUGUGGAAGACUGUAGCGGAUACUGUUUGGGGUCACGGUAACGCAUGCGUAGCCGGCGAUGACUCUUUCUCUGGCCGACAAGGAAACAUCACUGCCGAGAGUGAUGGGAGAAGACCGAAGAUGUGGAGCGUUCGUUUCGACUUCGACAUCAAGGAAGCAUGGGAGGGGUUGAAGGUUGAAACAGACAGUGACUGGUUUGGAAAGGGCGAUUGUGUCAUGAUUCGUUGA